AUGCCCGGCACCUGCCCAACCUGUCUGCUGGGGGCUCUUGUGCCCGGGUACCCUCUGGCUCUGGGUGCCACCUGCGCAGCCGCCCACUUUCUGCACCAGAGCAAGUGCGAGUGCCGCUUCGCCGGCGGGACUCGAGGGGAGGUCCGCUUCCUGGACAGGUACAUCUACGGGCGGGAGGAGUACGUGCGCUUCGACAGCCGCCGGGGGACCUUCGAGGCCGUCACCCCGCUGGGCGAGCCCGACGCCCGCGGCUGGAACAGCCGGAAGGAGCUCCUGGACAACAGGCGGGCCCAGGCGGACGUCUUCUGCCGUGGCAACUACGGGGUCGAAGAGAGAGACGGCGUCACCCUCGCCAGGAAGGAUCAGCCCACGGUUAAAAUCUCCCACACCAAGGCAGGCCCCCUGGCCCACCACAGCCUCCUGCUCUGCACCGCGACAGGAUAUUACCCCUCGGGGGUUAGUUUCAAGUGGCUGAAGAACGGGCAGGAGCAGACGGAAGGGGUGGGGUACGCGGACGAGAUCCAGAAUGGAGACUGGACCUUCCUGAACCAGGCGAUGCUGGAGACGGUGCCCCAGCGGGGAGACCUCUACACCUGCCAGGUGGAGCACAGCAGCCUGAAGGAACCCAUCACCGUGCAGUGGGAGCCACGGUCAUCAAACUCUGCCCAGAGCAAAGUGUGGACGGGGGCUCUGGGGGCUGUGCUGGGGGUGGUCUUUGGGGCCGCGGGAGUCUCCUUCUACCUGAGGACCAGGCGAGCGGCCCCCACGGUACCUGCUGCAGGCCUCAUCAGUUAGUCCCAAAGGAACUCCAGCCCUCACCUCUGGGAGACCUUUUUCUUUAGCAAAGGAGAUGUUCAUCUCGUUGUACAGAUUCCGCCCCCUCCCCAGAGGUAGUCCGUGUUCAGGCAGCAUUUUGACUGACUGUUGCCAAACCGGCUCUGGGGUCCUGCUGGGAUUGCUGGGAAGUUCACGAUUCGGGAAGAGGACCGGAGGGACGGUUCCCAGUUUGCUUUUUGUCUGAUUGAGAAACUAGAAUUCACAGAGUCGUCUACAUGAGUCUCAGCUGAGCCCUUCAAGCCAAGGUCUGCGGAAGCCUCUUGGUUUACGGUUUAUCGCACCCUUCCUCCGAGGGGCUCCGAGGAGAUUACAGGGUCAUUAUCUCUCCUCUCACCCUGUUCCCCCCCUGGCUAGUGUUUAGGUGGGAGA